ACAAUUUCGAAGCGUUGCUCUUACCUACUAAAUUGUCCUCGGUGAAAAAUAAUGACGUCUACUUCUCAGAGAAAUGGUCAAACCAUACUCGAAUUGGCUAUGUCUUCAAAGAGUAUUACAUCCGACAUGGCACCCGUAGAGAGAACUUUGUUAGUAAUUGGGAGUAAAAAUGCGGGUAAAACUUCAUUAAUAUAUUCAUUUUUUGACAAAAAYGAAAAACCAAAACCCACACUGGCCCUGGAAUAUUCAUUCGCAAGAAGAUCUGGAAAAAGCUUAACAAAGGAUAUUUGUCACGUUUGGGAAUUGGGUGGUGGCUUAGUUUUCAAAGAUCUAUUAUCCGUGAUAGUACAAAAAACGAGAGGCCGACGUUUGAGCGUUGUGUUAGUAUUGGAUCUYUCAAAGCCGGAUAUUCUUUGGAAUACCAUGGAAAUGAUAUUAGAAGAAAUAAAGACACAUUUGGAAAAUGUACCAGAGAUUGAAGAGUAUAAUCAGAUUAAUGUUAAAAAUGUUGAGGAUAAAAAGCUUAUGUCUCCACUGCCCAUACCACUAAUGAUCGUUGGAAGUAAAUACGACGUAUUUCAAAAUUUCGAACCUGCUAAAAAACGCGUGCUAUGCCAAUGUUUACGAUACGUGGCACACACUUACGGAGCCUCGUUGAUUUUCUAUGGUGUAAACGACGCAGUUCUUGUGAAGAUAUCCAAAGAGAUGAUGUCACAUUACGGGUUUGGAACACCUUAUCCAAAGAACCAUGUUUAUGAUUCAAAUAAACCACUCUUAGUGCCCGCAGGUUCCGAUUGUUUUGAUAAAAUAGACAACCUCAACGAAGCUGGAAGUAUUAGGUCAAUGCAUAAGUACAAGAGCGUAUUUGCUUCUAACUUUAAACAGGUUAAUGACUAUAUAAAUUCGUCUUAUGUUAUAAUGGGUUAAAUAACUGUGGGAAUACAAAAGAGAAUCAUUUUAACACAGAAAAAACGAUUAAAUUUCGCCGUCUAUACAUAUUACUCACGCCUGAUACCUAUUAAACUAAGUAAAUUCUGGGUUGUUAUAUAUUUUUGAAUAACUUAUUUUCACACGUUGAUUUCUGGUUUAGAUGCCUUCCAAAUGAAAUCUUGUCUGCUGUGGUUUUUCUCUGCUGCAGAUUGGAGGUGCAUCGUCAUGGGCGGAUAGGCCUACCGGGCAACCGGGCAUUUCCCAGUGGGCCCCCCCUUCGUAUUCUGUAAUGGGACAAACUCGAGUUGGGUCCUAGAUUUCAAAAACAGCACGAGUUGGGUCCCGGUAUAUUUUUUGAGGUACAUGAGUUGGGUCCCGGUAUA